CCUUGUGGGUGCCUGCUCCCCCAGCCCACACCUCAGGUCUGCAGCUGUGACCUGCCUCUUAUCAAAUGGGCCAUGGCCGGGGCUUGGCUGCUGCUUCUCUUGGCCCUCGGGUGUCCAGCCCUGCCCACAGGUGUGGGCGGCACCCCCUUCCCCUCGCUGGCCCCACCCAUCACGAUGCAGGUGGAUGGGAAGCAGCAGGUGCUGGUGAUCUGCCUGGUCCUCGAUGCCGCGCCCCCUGGCCUUGAGAGCCCCAUCUGGUUCUCAGCUGGCAACGGCAGCGCACUGGACGCCUUCACCUACGGCCCUUCCCCAGCUGCAGAUGGCACCUGGACUAGCGUGGCCCAGCUCUCCCUGCCCUCGGAGGAGCUGGCAUCCUGGGAAACCUUGGUCUGUCACACCGGGCCUGGGGCUGGGGAUCACAGCCAGAGCACACAGCCCCUGCAGCUGUCAGGAGAGACUUCCUCAGCGAGGACCUGCCUCUGGGAACCUCCUGGGGGGACGACCAGCCACGCGCUGCGGCUGGAGGCGCUGCGGCUGCUGCUCUUC